AUGCCAACCUCAAUUGCGAAACACGAAAAACAAAUGUCUGCUUCUAACUCUACUACUACUUUUAAAUUAAACACGGGGGCUACCAUCUCGGCCGUCGGUCUAGGUACAUGGCAAAGUACCAACGAGAAUGAAGGUUACGAAGCCGUCAUUGCUGCCUUGAAAGCCGGUUACAGACACAUUGAUACUGCUGCUAUUUACGGUAACGAAGGUCAAGUCGGUAAGGCCAUCAAUGAUUCUGGUGUUCCAAGAGAGGAAAUCUUCGUUACUACCAAGUUGUGGUCUACACAACAUCACGAUCCUGCUGCUGGGUUGAACGACUCUUUGAAAAGAUUAGGGUUGGAUUACGUCGAUUUAUAUUUGAUGCAUUGGCCGGUCACUUUGAACCCAAGAAGUAUUAAAGAUGGUAACUUCUUAUCUAUCCCAUUGCUACCAGAUGGUAAGCGUGAUGUGGAGAUUGAUACAUGGGAUUAUGUGAAGACCUGGGAAUUGAUGCAAGAAUUACCUAAGACUGGGAAGACAAGAGCUGUUGGUGUCUCCAACUUCUCCAUCAAUAACUUGAAAAAAGUGUUGAGUUCUCCAGGCAACAAAGUGGUUCCAGCAGUUAACCAAGUUGAAAUCCACCCAUUGUUACCACAAGAAGAAUUAUUAGAAUGGUGUCAUUCAAAGGGUAUUUUAUUGGAAGCUUACUCUCCAUUGGGUAGCACUAAUGCCCCAAUCUUAACGGAACCAGUCUUAAUUAACCUUGCCAAGAAACACGGUGUUCAAACCGCUCAAAUUGUUAUCAGCUGGCACGUUCAAAGAGGGUACAUCGUCUUACCUAAAUCAGUGCAUGCUGAAAGAAUCCAAGCCAAUUUCAAGACAUUGAAAUUGUCAGACGAGGAAAUGAGGGAAAUCAAUAACAUCUCUAAGGAGAAGGGUGAGAGAAGAAUUGUACAACCACAUUGGGAACCAUUUGUCCCAUUUGUGUAA